AUGGGGUAUGAAGUUUUUAUAUUUACUCAGAACUAUGGUCCUUUCUUUGACAACAUCGAGGUGGGUGUUCUUGGUCCCGUUCAGUUGGUAGCAGCAGUUGGUGAUUAUGAUUAUGAUGAUGAGAUAGUCAAAGAUCUCAGCAAAAAAAAAUGGAGUUAUAAAGUUGGACAGCACGGGGAUUAUGACAUGCAUUACAACUAUGAGAACAGCCUUAAAACAUGGUAUACAGAUGGUAUUCCAACGGAAAGAAUAUUUACCACAUUCAAAAGUCCCAUUGGAGAUGAUCCUGUUGUGGUUGAUUUGAGUGGAUUAGGAAAGGGUUAUGCUUGGGUAAAUGGUAAGAGCGUUGGUAGGUACUGGUCAAGCUACCUCGCAGCUGAUGUGAAUGGUUGCUCUCCAAAAUGUGAUUAUCGUGGUGCAUAUACUUCCAACAAGUACCAUGUUCCACGCUCAUUUCUUCGUGAUGAUGAUCAAAACACAUUGGUCUUGUUUGAGGAAAUGGGACGCCACCCCUUUGAUGUCAAAUUUCUCACGGCAACUUUUGGGAAAGUUUGUGCAAAUGCUUAUGAAGGGCAUACAUUGGAAUUAGCAUGCAAUAAAAAUCAAGUCAUCUCCGAAAUUAAAUUUCCUAGCUUCAGUUCAUCAAAGGGUGAAUGCGGAUCUUUUCAACAGGGCAAUUGUGAAUCUUCUGAGGCUUUAUCGCUCAUUAAAGCGCAAUGCAUUGGCAAGGAUAAAUGCUCUAUUCAAGUUUCUGAAAGAACCCUUGGACCUACCGGGUGUAGAGUUGCUGAAAAUAGAAGAUUAGCAGUUGAAGCAGUUUAUGAUAUAAAAGUAAGCGACGAAGGGAGGAAACACUGGGUUUUAAUAUGUGCUUUGGGAAAUCAUUUAGGACUUAGUUUCAUUUUGGUUGUAAUGGUUUUGACUUAG